CCAGAGCGUGCUAACCCGGGUGGCGCUGCAGAGGCGGUUGGGUUGGUUGCUCAGAGGUGGAGCUGGCGCCAUGUCGGUCCGGGAAUUGAUGGUGCUGCUGUGGUGGCUGAGCGGCAGCGGCUCCGCACUGUGGAGAUAUUACAUCAAUAGCUCGGACUAUAGCAUUUUUAGUACCAGGAGUUCUAUUGAGAUAGAGUAUGAAGGGCCAUCUUUUUCAAUAUGGAGAUUGUCAAGAACUUGUAAGAUUCAAAGCUUAAGGUCACCUAGGACAAAAUUACAUUGUACUGCUCCUGGCGUUCAUUCUUUAAGACCUGAAGCCAAAAACCGACCUCUCUACAGCAAUCGCCACAGGCACUUGGGCUCCAAAUGCUACUGGAGUUGGCCUCUUUCAUGCAAUCCCACAAGCAGACAGCUGGUUCUUUGGCUCUUUUUUCCUGUGGGUUGUGGGCUUUCCCCGGACCCACUCCUCCACUCCCAGCGACAUGCUAGCAGCUGCAGCGGUCCUCAGCCAAGCUGUGCGCCUCCUGUGCUCUCCACUCAGACAUGCUGCACAGCAGCAGUCAGCCUCACCCUUCACCCAGCAGCAGCAGCAGCGGCGGCAGAUCUGAAUGAAGAGUCACGCAAUCUGAAUGUGGAUAAAUCUCAUAUUUGCUUCAUGUGGUAUUAUACAGUUGAAGACGUUUAUGAAAAUUUAACCCAGUCUGUCACUAUAUGGGUGUAUGAUCCAGAAAGUUCCAGCAAAGAAGAGCUGCAGUGGACUGCAACAAGACCUUCACAUAAUUCCAGAAUACUAACGAAGUUGUUGAACACCCUGGGACAGCACCCUUACAUUCACACACUAAUGAAGAAGAAAGUCUACGUCCCAGGUGCCCUAACUGCAGAUGGAACCUGGGUCGUCAACCUGCCAAUGUCCUCAGACGACUUAAUGAAGGAGAUCCGAGGAAACAAAGUGGCUUUCCAAGACUGCUUCAUCUCAAAUCUCGCCUUCCUGCUGACAUUUCCCGUGAUCACCAUGGCCGAGACCCCCGGAGAUUUGCCGCUCACGCUACCACGGGGGAGCCCAUUGAUGUCUACCUGGAGUUCCUGCAUCCCUACAUUUGCUGUCCUGCUCACUGACACGGAGACCUUCCAAACAAACAAUUCCUUCCGUACCUGGACCAGAAUAAGAGUCCCCCCAGGUAUCCUGAGUGAUGCUCAAAGGCACAAUGUGAGCGAUGUGGCUCUAUUCAACAAUGGAAUUAUGUUUCUAAUAAAUGGUGCUAUCUAUCUAAAAACUAAAAGAACAUUUGAAAAACUGGACUCAACUCAAGGUGUUCCUGAAACCGAAAUUAUUGGCAUUCAAAGAAGAAGAUGGUGUCCGGUCAGAUAUUUAUUUAAGAGUGCAAGGAAAAAGAGCCUGUUUGCCAUAUGGACAAAAAGUGAAUUUUACCUUGGAUAUUCUGAAUUUAGAUUUGUGAAAAUAAUGGAUAGUGCAAGACUGAAAGCGGCUCUCAGGCUCGACCCCUCCGACACCGUCGUGAUCCAGAGUGUGGAGUACACGUGGCACCCUCUGGAGCUCGCCCUGAUCCUGCACCACUACCCCUCCUCUGCGACCACCAAGCAUACCCGCAUGCUGCUCUACAACGAGGAUUCCACAGAGUGGACGAUUCAGGACUUCCAGUUAGAUCUGCCCAUGAGCAGCAACUUAGUCGCGCAUUUUCUCUACUCGGCUCUGCCAGACUUAAUCCUGUGGGAUGCACACAGGGUUUACUAUUAUUACAGAAACUUCACUAUUAGUGGGACUAUGAAAACACAAGAAAGAGAAGAGAAUCUGUCAAGUUUAUCGGAUGGCAGCAAAAUCCACAACGUCAUCGUAGAUCGUUUUGGGAGUAUUUUGAUAAAAAUGGAAAAUAAUGUAAUGUUCUUUUCCAAGACUGACAUUACAGAUAUAAUUAAGUUACAUAUAUGGGCAAACAGCACAAUAAAGUCAGCACUUUACUUCAACAGAUCUGCCAAAGUAUAUCUCCUAUAUUUUAGUGAAAUCUACCUCAUGCAGAGACAGGAAUACCCCUUAUUUCUGGAGAUAGAAAGUUCAGUUUACAGAAGCGACGAUCGAUGCCCAUAUCUGGCAUUUCAACACAAUAUUUUUAGUGAUUUUUACUUUAUUGACAAAGGAGAAACCCUGACAAUUUGGACUCAAAUAGUCUACAAAGAAAAUAUGGGUCUCUCUAUUAUUAUAGAACACUAUGGCCCAAAUAUAUUAACCUGGACACAAGACCUCUCCUAUGAGAUUGCCUCAGGACUCUGUACUAAAACUAUGUAUACAACGUUCUCUCAGACAACAAACUACGAAUUAGUAAAAGAUUACUUCAAGCUAGAGGACAAGAACACGGGUCUCAUGCUUGUUCAGUUCCGACCUAGCCAAUUUUCAAAAACAUGUCCGAUGGCCAAACAGGUGUUUGAAAUUGCUGUUGGAUGUGAUGCAAAUAAGCACAUUCAGGUUAGAGGAUUUAAUAGAACUGGAUGCCAUCGCCGUGAUUUUUCUUAUGUGAUUGACAAGGAAUAUCUGAGAGACAGUCCACCUGAAAAUGUGAAAAUAAGGUAUGAUGUGGGAAAAUACGGCUGCCCUCGGAGACUUGAAUUCAACGAGCCGUUUCACCCUAUAAUAGAGCUGUAUGAUGAAAACGGCUUUGUUAAAAUAGUCGAAGCAAAUUUUAUCGUGUGGGAAAUCCACGGCAGGAACGACUAUACCUUUAAUUAUACUAUGAAGCAGAGUGGUUGUAUAAACGAAGCGCAGACGUUCAAGUCCAUGAUAGAGGAAAACAAGGACCUCCCACUGGAUGACGUCUGGGGACCUCAGAACUAUAAGACUUGUUUUUCUUAUGCUGUUGGGAAGCCGGGAGACCUAAACCAACCGUAUGAGAUUUUAAACCAUUCUAAUAAAAACCAUUUACUAUGGCCCAUGGACCAUUCCGGAAUGUAUGUGUUUCGUGUGAGAAUCUUGGAUCCAAAUUUUAGUUUCUGUAACCUCACAUCUAUUUUUGCGAUCGAGACCUUCGGAGUGAUUCCCAGCCCCAGUGUCUACCUGGUGGUCGCCUUCCUUUUUGUCUUGAUGCUCACAUUCAUCAGCAUUCUGGUCCUGAGCUAUUUCUGGUACACCAAGAUUUAUAGACAGUUUAUUUUUGAGCCACUUCACAAGCCUCCUACAAAACUGAAGAAGAAUUAGGAAAUCUGAGAGUGAAUUCUGGAUAUAUAUAUAUACACAUAUAUAUGUAGACAGAUAAUGUAGAUAUAUGUAAUUAUAUUAAGAAUGUGUGUUUGGCUAAGAAAUAUCAAAUGUAAGCUCAUAUUAUUAUUAAAUUCAAGAUUUGAAAAA